UUUCUGCGCUUGUAAAAAAAAAAUUGAGCUGAGAAGGCAAGCCCCAGUCUCCCUCGCCGCCGCCGCCGCCGCCGCCGCCGUCUCCUUUCCCAUGCGAUGCCCUCGCCCGGCGGUCGCGUGGCCACCUACCUCCACCGCGCGCGCCUCAUCGACUCGUUGCGCCUCCGCCUGCGCUCCCCUUCCUCCUCCUUCUCCCCGCCGCCGCCGCCCGACGACCCCGUGGUCGCGCUCCACGGCAUCCGUGCCGCGCCCACGCCGGCGUCGGCGCUCUCCUUCUUCCGCACCCUCCCCUCGCCGGCGCCGCUCCCGCUCUUCCAGGCUCUCGCCUCCCGCCUCGCCAACCCCGCGUCCCUCCCCGACCUCCACUCCCUCCUCGCCUCCUUCCCCCUGCCCCCUCCCCCGCUCACGCGCCUCCGCCUGCUCGCCGCCGCGGGGGAUCACCCCGCCGCCCUCGCCGCCUUCGCCUCUGUCCCGGCCGCCCCGCACCGCCCUGCGGAGGCGCACAACCUCGUCAUCCACCUCCACGCUGCCGCCGGGGACGACACCGCCGCCGUCGACGCGUUCGGCGCCAUGGUCCGCGAGGGCGCGCUCCCCAACGGACGCACCUACACCGUCGUCGUGGACCACCUCGCCCGCGCGGGGUUCGUCGACCAGGCGCUCGAGGUGUUCCGGCUCCUGCCGUCGCUGCGCGCGCCGCGCACCACCCGGCAGUACAACGUGCUCGCCGAGGCGCUCGCGUCGGCCGGCAGGUUCGACCAGCUCCGGUGGCUGGUCCGCGAGAUUGCCGCCGUCGACGGCAUCUUGCCCGGACAGCAGACGCGGGCGGCCAUCGCGGCCAUGAGGGAGGCGGGCCACGUGGAGGGCACGGAGGACUUCGUGGAGGAGCUCUCGCCGGACGCGAGGAUCCCCUUCGCCGUUGGCGACGCUGAGGGUGAGGGAGACAGCGAUGAGGAGGAGGAGGAGGAUGGUGAGAAGAAGAUGAGCAGAGCUAAGGAGACGGCGCUCAAGCCAUGGCUGGACCCGCGCGAGCUGGCGAGGGCGCUAGACGGCUGGGACCCCGAGGAGGUGGCCGAGCUGGAGGCCACUGGGAUCGUCUGGACGCCGCGGCUGGUGUGCAAGCUCCUGCGCGCGUUCAGGAAGCCGGCGACGGCGUGGGAGUUCUUCUGCUGGGUGGCGUGCCGCCCCGGCGGCGAGUUCGCGCACAACCGCCACACCGUGGCGAGGAUGGUCACCAUCCUGGCCCGCGCCGGCCGCGUCGAGCUCGUGGAGCGCCUGCUCGCCAAGGUGCGCGCCGACGGCAUCAUCCUCCCGUUCGCCACCGUGCGGCUAACCAUCGACUUCUACGGGCUAUCCAAGAAGGCCGACGCGGCGGUGCGGGUGUUCCGGGAGGCUGACUCUAUCUGUGGCCCUGUGUCGCGGCCCAACCUGGCGCUGCUCUGCUCGUCACUGCUGAGGACGAUGGCGAAGUGCGGUCGCGGGCGCGACGCCAUGGAACUCCUGGAUGAGAUGAUGACGCGGGGCGUGCUCCCGGACCUGCAAAUGUUCUCGGGGCUGAUGGAGCACCUGGCCGGAGCCGGCGACAUGAAGGGCGUGCACAGGCUGUUCGGGAUGGUGCGGCAGUGCGAGCUGCGGCCCGACGGGUACAUGUAUGCUGUGCUGAUCAGGGCCUACUGCAAGCAGGACCGCGCGGCGCUCGCGCUGAGGCUGUUCGACGAAAUGCGCAGCGCCGGGAUCGUGCCGGACUCGCCCACCAUGGAGCUGCUGGUGAAGAGCCUGUGGCGGGAGGGCAAGCUCCGGGAGGUGGCGCUGGUUGAGGAGAGGUGCGAGGAGAUGGUGGCAGCCGGCGGCGUCCCAGGGGCAGCGCCGGGCCACGUGUGGACAGCCAGCGCUGCGGACCUGAACAAGGUGUAUGAGAUCUACUCCGGCUGCUUCAGGCAGCCUGAUGCAGAGCAAGUGACGGCUGAUGGAGCCAUGGUUUGAUGCUGCUUCACUUGGGAAGUCAGUGUGAUUGCAGCACAGCUGAAGAGGAAGCAUGUCAGCCCUGCAUCGAGGGAUUAGUUCUGCGGUGAAGUAGAAUUGCCAUGGGAAGACACCAAUUCUAAUUUCUGCAUAAGUGUCGCAGCAGGAUGUCUGGUGUAGCAUCCUUGUGCUCUGGUCUCUGUGAUAGGUCAGAGAAACCAAAAAAAUCAUGACAUUAGUGAAAAUGUGCUGCGAAAUGCAGAUCUCCGAAUCGAACGACCAGCGUGGAGCAGCAGUAUAAGAAUCCUCUAACAAAUAUUUGGAAAUUGGCUGAAUUGUAGAGGCCAUGAGACCAGAGUCACCUUGUGCUCAAGUUAUAUUUUGCGUUUAACCAGUGCCGCCUCAAACUUGGAAGUUAAUCUGGAAAUCAAGAGCGCAUGGGUGAACUGGUGCUGGAACUAAGGCAGCCUGAUGCAAACAUCUUGAUGCCGGAUGGAGCCAUUGGAUGAUGCUCCACUUGAGAAUUCAGAUGUCAGUUGAUCUAAGAGCACGGCAGUUUCAGUGUCAGUGUCAGUGCAGUUGUAGGAAGCAUGGCUGCGACGAUGACCAUUAGUUCUGUGGUGAAAUAAAUCGCCACGGGAGACCAAUGCUAGCUUCUGCACAAAUGUUGCAGGAUUUAUCUUUUUUGUCAACCUAAAAGGUCUCUUUCUGACUCUUUUUGGCCAAAUAUUGUCUUUUCGUUUUAACUUGAGCUGUGUGUAGUAUA